AUGUCGUACGACCAACAACCCGGAGGCCUUGCAGUACCGGUUUAAAUUCUCCGCUGACGAGUUCCCCACAAGUUAACCAUCGCAUUUUUCCCCAGUGUUACCAGAUAACCAGCCGUUGAAACCGUCCCCUACCCCCGUUUGUCCCCCAAAAAGUCCGGGACGAGUCGAAUAAAUUUUCCAUAAUCAAAAAGUGUUGUUUGAAAGAGUUGAGAGAAAAAAAAAUAGAGUGCUUGAGGGGGAGGAGCGACCUCGAGGGACGGCUAGCUUGAAGGACGUCGGCUCCUUCGGGGAAUCAAAACAAAAAAAAAAUUUUUUUGUUGAGAAAAGAAGAUUUCGCCGAGGGAUCGAACAGUCUGUGGAGUCGACGGGGAGAAAAGGAUUAAUUCCGUCUGAGUUGAUUUGCUGGCGAUUGGCGAGAACAGUCUGUUGAUCAGUUUUGAAAGGGAAAAAUAUGGCGUGUGAACAGUGGUGUUUCUCGGUCCGUGGGUGUAUCGUUGGAUUCACAUUGUGCCUUGUUGUUGGAUCAAGUCUCGGAGCUUCAGAUGAUUUUUACAAUUACAAUACCAUCGACGAGAGCCAGCGAACCGUCGAGCACGUGCUGUUGGAUGGAGAUGUGGCCGAUGUUUCCAGGCAAAAACGUUACGCUGAACCACCUCAAGCCACCAAUCCAACGACAACUUCGCCAAUACCACUGGGCCCUAUUCAUGAUCCACCACUGAUAAAUGUGAAAACCGGUUCAACAGCCAAUGUAACAUACUCGACAGACAACGCCUCUAAUUCAACAACUGCACCAACAAUCUCUUCAACUAUUGCACCGACCGUGAAACCCGAGCCCGGAAAAAGUGGACAGAAUAUGACGGCUGCAUCAACACCUCCGAGCACCACUAGAGCGCCGGUCGUCUGGGCGAAUCAGACGAGAUGGGCAAAUGCAACGCAGGAUAAAGGCCCCACUCGAGACGACAACAAAACAACAAAAGUCAACCUGACCCAGACCGAGCCCUCGACAAAUUCGUCCGACAUAGAUGGCAUAAUGAUUGGCAAGUUCAAUGAUGUAACUAACAAAACCCUCUCUCAGAACAAUAUAACUAAAAGUGAGGAGGACAAUUAUCAGUACUACAACAGUACGUUCAUCGUGGACGAGAGCAUAGGGAGGAGCUUUUGGGUGGAUCUCGAUAAUCAUCCGGAUAAGCAGAUCAACGAUCUCCUCAGUGACAGCCAUCGUAGGGCAGCCACUGUCAAACUGUCCUUUGAUUUUCCAUUUUAUGGUCAUAAAGUUCGUAAUAUAACAAUUGCAACAGGAGGAUUCUUGUACACCGGGGAAUUUGUGCACAGUUGGCUCGCUGCCACACAGUACAUUGCCCCGCUGAUGGCGAAUUUCGAUACACGACUGUCGGGCGAUAGUCAUGUAAAGUAUGCCGACAAUGGGACGGCUUUCACAGUCGAGUGGUCAAAAGUUAUUCUACAAGAUAAACAAGAGGCUGGCCCAUUCACGUUCCAAGUGACCCUCCACAGCAAUGGAAAUAUCGUAUUUGUUUACGCAGUGAUGCCCCUUUUGGUUGAAGACAUUGAGGAUAAGGCCCAUCCCGUUAAAGUGGGUCUCAGCGACGCCUACAUCAUGGACAAAACUCACUUCUAUGUCCGGAGAAAAACGAUCUACGAGUAUCACCGUGUAAACUUCAAUCGUCAGGACAUACAAAAUUGGACAGUUAUCUACCUCAAAGCCCUGCCCACGUGUCUGGACAUGGACAACUGCAUGGACUGCCUGACGAAGGUCCCGAAAUUCGAGUGUAAGUGGUGCCCAAAUUUGAAUCAGUGCAGCACAGGCAUCUUCAGGAACAGGCAGGACUGGGUGGAGAAGGACUGUGAUAUGAAGAGUAUUAAGGAUGUCGGGAGUUGUCCAGCUAAGAAGAACUUUUCUGAUCAGACAGCUAACCAUGAGCUGGCCAGGGGCGGCGCCGAGGGAGAAUCCUCGGCUAGUGUUGAACCUAAUCGACUUUCCAAGGAUUAUUCUGCUUUGGAACAGACUCAUGAACACAUGAAUAUGAAUCACAUGGGAGUCUCCGGAAUAAUUGGGAUUCUCUUGGUCGUCUCACUGAUCGCAGGACUGGCAGGCUGGGCCGCCUACGCUUAUCGUAAUCCUCACAGUGCAUCUGGUCAAAUGCUAAUAAGAUACCGUCCAAGUCAGUGGAACUGGCGACGAGGUGAAGCUCGUUACACAGCUGCAACAAUUCACAUGUGAUGAGAUAAUAACCGAUAAAAGUCAAUCCUGAAACUGUCGGACCAAAUUCUUUCCCCUUUCGCAUUUUUUUUCAAAGAUGAAUUUAAAAACAUUUAUAUUGAGGCUUCAGUGUGAAGCUGAUAAGAGUCUAUUACUUAUAAUUUGCCUGCUGCAAUGACGCAUCACGCCUGAAUCGGGGCCUUUCAACCUGAAAAUUGGGGAGAGCCGUAAGAAAUAAAAUUAUCUUUUAAACUUUGUCGAUGGACCAAUUAUGUGAUAUCGCACGACAAUGCACUUCUGUAGAAAAAUGCUCUCUCCAUUUUAUCGAAGAUUAUUUUGAAAUAGAAAUUUACUGAGAGAAUUAUCAAUUGUAAAUUUACAAAAAAAAAUAUUGUCUAAAAACAAAUUGCGUUAUGAAUUUGUACAUAAACAAAUCGAAAUUGUAACUUCUGAUUGUGUAUUUAGGAACGAGUGAUUCCGUAGAAAAAUAGAAUGAAUUUUUAAACCUGGCAUUUUCUUGAAAAAAUGUCCUUUUUUAUUGCUUCGUUGAAGUCAUUCGGCAUCCAGACAAUUAAACGUUUAAAAUUAUCUGAAGACAUACGAAAAAUACAUUUGUUCUGUCGCAUUUACGGCUAGAAUUGUAACUGGAAAAAUUCAAGUGCCUUCACAGUCAAUUAUCCGAGAGAAAAAUAAGAGUUGCAGAUAGAGGACGAUUGAUGUAGCAAUGAUGACCGGACAAUUGAGUGAUUGUGAUUCUUAGCAGGAUGUGGUGAAUUUUGUUAUUGUUUAAGACUAUGUGUUUCCUUUUUUUUUAAUGUCUAAUUAACGAAUUCAUCGCUGUAAUUGUUUUAGAUAUGUAAUUUUCUCUGUCUGCGGUAAACAUUGUAAUGAUUCUAGGGAGACCACAGUGAAUUAUUUUUGAUUGAGAAAUGCCAGUUGCGAGAGGAGUCGAGAGAGAGUGAGAUAGAGAAAAAAAUUACAGAAUUUUAUCUAGUUUUGGGAGAGUAAAAUAUUUCAUCGAGUUAUCAAAUUUCUCAAUCAUGAAAAAAUGAAGAUAUAAACAUAUCUAUUAUAUUUAUGAGUAUAUAUAUUUUAUGGUGAAUUUGCAAACGAGAUGUGCACUUUUAAAGGAACACACGGGAGAUGAAAAAUAUAUAUAUGAAAAAUUUGUAUGAUCUGACAGUACUGAUCGGUUAUAAACUCUAUAUUUUUUUUUGUGUGUACAUAGUAGAUUAAUUUCGAUGAUUAUUUUUACAUAACUCAUAAGUGAGAUAUACAAUACUGUCAUUAAAGGGUGCCUUCUGGAGGAAAUUUCACUUCUGGAUUUAUUUUUAAUUCCAGAGUACGAACGAUCAGUGGAAUUUUACAAAUUACUCGAUUGAAGAGAUCAUGAAGUGUUAAUUUCUCUGUUUUACUGUCGUUUAAUUGGUAUUGAAUUAUUUUCACAAAUCAUGUAUUUGUUGCACGGUGCAAUUUUUGGCAAUUGAAAAUGUAUACAUAUACCUUGAAAAUUUUAAAGUUUAUUAUGAAUUAAUUGAAUAAGCUUUCUAUUAUAUUUACACUGUACGAUUGAUUUAAUAGUUUGUGAUAAUAAAUAUUUCAAUUUCAA